ACUGUGUCAAAGCCGCAUCACUCGAAAAGUAAUUUAAAACAAAUUUUUUUGCUAAAAAUAAAUAAAAUCGAGAAUGGUGGUUGCUCCUGAUGCUCCCUGCGAUGUCAUCUUCAUCGUGGAACAAACAUCGCAAAUGGGUGCCUACAUCCAAGACAUCAAAGCAAAUUACAUUUCCGACACCGUGGAAUUCUUUUCGAAAUGCACCAACACUCGUUACGGCAUCGUUUCGUACAAAACGGCGCAGGGCACGCUCAGUUCUGCCGUCAACACGUUCGGUCCCUUCAGCAAAACCGCAAAUGUCCUCGAAACAUUCGACAAAAUUGACUUUUCCGGGGGGAAGAGCGAGUCAAAUGCUUGUUUGGCGGAGGGAUUGGCCACGGCGCUCGUUUGUUUCGAAGAUUUGGAACAAAUUCGCGAGAAUGGAAGUGGCUCGAAUAAAUUUUGUGUGUUAAUUUGUCACAGUGCGCCGUAUCAGAUGCCGGUUUUGGAGUGUGUCACGUACGAAAAUAAGACUUGCGAGCAACUUUCGACAAUUUUUCAGGAAAAUAACGUUAAUUUAUCGAUAAUUUCGCCGCGGAAAAUCCCAGUUUUCUUUAAAUUGUUCGAAAAAGCGGGCGGCGAUGCUUCGGCGACGACCAAAAAUUACGCCAAAGACGUUCGUCACUUGGUUCUUUUGAAGGGAUUUGCGUUGUCGGAGCGAAGUCCGAGUCCCAAUGCUGGCGCUGCGGUGCCAACGAACGUUCCCAUGGUCACAAAUGACGCCGCGCAGCAACCAAACCAGAUUUCGACGCAAAACGCGCAGCAACAAGGCAUUUUACAGCCGCCUGAAGGUCAAAUGACGCCGAAUCAGCAAGUCCCGAACCCCCAAGUCCCCAAUCCGAAUCAAGUCCCGAACGCCAAUCAACAAGUUCAGCAAUCGCAACAACAGCAAAUGAUGCAAAUGGCUCAAAUGCGGGCCCAGCAACAAGCUCAGCAAGCCCAAAUUCAACAGCAACAGCAAAAUCCCGUCAUGGGUGGCAUGAGACCCAUGAUGUCUCAACAAGGAAAUCCCCAAAUGGGUCAAAUCACCCAGCAACAGCAGCAAAUGAUGGCGGCGCAGCAACAAAUGGCCGCCGCUCGUCAACAAAACCCACGCUGGGCUCGUGCCCCGAACCCUGGCAUGGCGCCAAAUCAAUUUAUGAAUCAGCAAGGCUUUCCGGGGCAACCUCAAACCGCUCAAGGUCAAAUGAUGAAUCAACCCGGAUCCGCAUUGCAGCAACAGCUGCAGGGAAAUAAUCCGCAAUCGCAGCAACUUCGCAUGCAAUUGAUGCAACAAAAUCAGCAAAAUGUGCAGCAAAUGCAGCAAGGUCAAGCUCAAGGUCAAAUGAACCCCAUGAACCAGGGGGGCGGCAUGCAAGGUACGCAAGGCGUCAAUAUGGGAGGACAACCGGGACAACAACAACAAGUCCCGAAUGCCAUGGGAGUUCCGAAUCAAAUGGCGACGCAACAACCUCAGAUUCAAGGACAAAUUCAAGGUCAAAUUCAGAAUACCGCGAUGCAAAAUCCAAUGCAAGGUCAAAUGAGUGCCGGGCCUUCGGGAAAUGUCGCGCCGCAACAGCAACAAACACAGCAGCAGCAACCGCAACCAACUGCAGGCCCGCAAACGCAACAACGGCAGAGAAUUUGGUCGGGAAUCGUGGAAUGGGUUGAAAAGUCGAAUAAAACGGAUCAGACAAAGGUGCCGCGACAAGCUCCGUUCCAGGUAACGGCAAACGUGAAAGAUGGCGAACUCGAUAUUCGUGCAGAUCACUGGCCCCCUCGCUUGCUAAUGCAACUCAUGCCAAAAACGAUGGUUGGUUCAGCAGGCGGUCAAUAUCUAAAAGAAUCCAAAACCGUCGUUUUCCAUCCGACGCAAUGCGAAGCCCUCGAAUCACUUUCCCGCGUAAUGGCUGCCGGCAUGGCAGGUUGCGUUCAUUUCAACUCCGCGCCACAAUGCGACAUCAUUGUCCUCAUUUUGCUCUAUUCGAUGGACAAAAAAGCCUUUCUCGGCUUCAUUCCGAACGAUCAAGCUGCUUUCGUAGAUCGACUCAAAGCGGUUAUCAUGCAAAAUAAACAACCGCAAGGCGGACCGCAGCAAAUGCAGCAACAACAACAAAUGAUUCAAGGAGUUCCGCAAAAUCCGCAGAUGAACAUGCCGGGACGAAUGCCGACUCCCGGCAUGGUUGGGAUGCAACAAAAUCCGCAGCAAAAUCAGCAACAGCAGCAGCAGCAACAACAAAUGGACCCGAAUGAGCAACAGUGGCAAAUGAAUCAGCAGCAAGCGAUGCAGAAUCAGCAGGUGAUGCAAAAUCAGCCGCAAAUGAUGGGUCCGGGACAGGGAAUUGUCAAUCCGCAGCAACAGCGGAUGGUGAGACCCAUGAUGCCGAAUAAUCCGGGAUUGAGACAUUUGUUGCAGCAACAACAGCAACCGAUGCGGAUGGGAAUGCGACCGCCGACGCAACAGGCGCAGCAAGGAAAUGUCGGGCAACAGCAGUACGAUGAGCAGAAUUAUGACGGAUUUAUGUAAUUUUUAAUUAAAGGCUUUGAUGAGGGAAAGUUUUUCAUAUUUUAUCGUACAUUUAAAAAAAAUAUAAUAAUAAAAGUGAUGAAUUUAAGUUAAAAAUU